AUGCCCUCCACGUCCAGUCCCAGGUCGUUUCAUGGAGAUCAGUCAUCUGCGAGCAAUGGCAAUGCGCGCCAAAAUUCAACGGCAAGCAAUGUGCCCGCAACAGACAGACAAAGAGAUCAACGGCGACAACAUCCCGCGCAGUCCACUAGCUCCACAACUCAUCGCAGAACCGAAUCGAGCUCGCAGCGAACCAGAGAACACAGGAAGGAGAAAGUCACAGAAACUUUGGUCAGGCGAAUAAAAAGUCCGGACCAGCGAACGCGAACAGCAGCCGAAAAGCCGAAGCACGUUCAAGCUAGUAGCUCUCAACAAACAGCGAAAGAAAGCAAGCCAGAGAUACCGCAGCUACCAUGGAACCCAGAGGUAUCUCUGGUCACACAUACGAGUGCGCCCCUAGCAUCCCGAAUAUCAAUUCCACCGCGAGCCUCACAGGCACCGAUUCCAUUAGAACCUAAAGCGUUGCGAGAAUUAUCACUAGAAGCUCAAGAAGCGGCUAUUAUAGAAGAUCUUCUCAUAGUGCUUAUGGGAGUCGAAGGACAAUAUAUCCAUUUUGCCAAGACUUACGAUCCUUCUGCCGAGAAAGACCGUUUAGAUGGUCCAGUUUUCGUUAUCCUUCCGGGGUUGGAUCCAAGUCUACGAGAUCUUACGAUUGGGAUACUGAAACUAGCGACCCAUCACAGCGCACUCGAAGCCUUUAUCGAUGUGCAAGGUCGUGCUGAACUUGGCGUAGUAAAUCACGCCUUGAGUGCUGCCAUACGAAAGCUGAUAUUUGAUUAUUUGGUCUUGAUCGCUCAGCUAGAAACCCAAUUUCUCACCAAUCCAUCUUUCACCCUGCACGUUUUAAACGUGCAUACCCUUCCAACACGCCACCUCAUGAGUCAAGUCUACUCUCUCGCCCAAGCCAUUAUCAAGCGAAGCUCUCCAAUAGAUGACGACAUGGACUCAGAUAUGGAGCUUGAUAUAGAGAAUAUUCUGGAAGCCUUACAGGGUUCUGAUCUUCUACCAGGCAGUAGGAAAAGCCCAGUGUGUAAAGGGGGCAGUGUUCUAGACUUGAUCACCAAGCGUUUAGAACUCUUCUCUGGAGAUCCAGUCACUCGAGCGGUUCUCACUUCAUUACUACAAAAUACAAGCCGCCCGUAUAUGCGAAUGCUGAAUGAAUGGCUUCAUCACGGUACCAUCAAAGACUUGUAUGCCGAAUUUUUGGUCAAAGAGCAACAGAGCAUCAAGCGGGAGCGCCUUGCGGAGGACUACACAGACGACUAUUGGGAAAGGCGGUACACAUUGCGAGACAAUGUGCCACCGCAACUUGAGAGCGUGCAGCAUAAAGUUCUCCUUGCAGGGAAAUACCUCAACGUUGUCCGGGAAUGUGGAGGAGUCGAUAUCAGCAAAGCUAUCAGUAAUGUGCCUACCACCUUCGAGGACCUUCGAUUUUUCGAUAAUGUUAACGAUGCAUAUGUUUAUGCAAACAAAUCUCUCUUAAAUCUGUUAUUAACAACAUAUGCGUUACCUGAGCGUUUACAUUCGAUGAAACACUACUUCUUUCUAAGCCAGUCUGACUUUCUGUCCUAUUUCCUUGAUUUAGCAUCACCAGAGCUUCGCAAACCAGUCGACAAAGUGAACACAAAUAAAUUGCAAGCAUUGCUAGAUUUGGUCCUUCCUGCCCAAGAUCCCUUCAAGGAGAAUAUCAAAGUGGAGAUGAAUAGUGUCAAUUUGUAUGAUUGUUUGACGCGAGUCAUUAAUAUAUCUGGUAUUGAGGAUGGAGAAGCGCUAUUGAAUCCACCUGCUCCACCUGUUGAAAGCGAAAAAGGGCCUGUUGGUUUUACUUCUUUGCAACUUGAUUGUGUUGUUCCUUUUCCGGCAUCACUUGUCAUUAGUAGGAAGACUAUUUGGAGAUACCAAGCUUUGUUUCGAUACCUCUUUUCACUGCGACACCUGGAGCAACAGCUAGUUGCGAACUGGCAGACAUGGAAUAAAGCUUCUAGCUGGGCUCAUAAAAGUUCGGAUAAGGAGAUUGAGCUUUGCAAGCGGCGUGCUUUCACAUUGCGCGCUCGCAUGCUAGUAUAUGUACAGCAACUUCUGUACUUCUGCACUUCCGAAGUCAUCGAACCGAAUUGGCAAGCUUUCAUGGAGAAGCUCAAGAACGGUUCAAAAUCAGCCGUUGGUACAGUGGAUGAACUGAUGCAAAACCACGUUGAUUUCCUCGAUACUUGUCUGAAAGAAUGCAUGCUUACCAAUGCUCGACUUUUAAGGAGACAUUCUAAACUGAUGCAAACAUGUACCCUAUUCUCGAAUUUCACCUCGUGGUUUUCUCGCGAGCUAGAGUCUAACGACCCAGACCUUUCAGGCAAUACCAAACCACCCCAACUUGAGAAAAUGAUCGCAAACCUAAGGAAGUUCGAGCUUAAUUUUGGAAGACACAUGCAUGUUUUGCUUGACGAAAUGAAUCAUUUUGCGGCGACGGAAACGGAAGAUAGAAUAUUUGAGGACCUGGAGUCCGGGGUCCAGAGAGCUAGUCGUAUAACAAUAUUGAUAUCAAGGUCCCUCGCCUCCCAUUCUUUUCUGACAAGUAUAUACACUCGGGCAAAAAACCAGCAAAAACAUACAACAGCAGGUAUUCGCUGGUGGUCACCCACCCAACUACUAAUCUGCCGAUCUGAGGCUUGUGUAUGGCAGAGCGGACGGGAUGCCCAAUUCUCCUCAGUCUAUGGUCGUAUGUGGAAGUGA